AUGUAUGUAUCACCAAUAAAUCGAGACUCUCUAUAUAGCCAUUUAAUAUUAAAUGAUCAACCAAAUAAUUUAUCAUUUUCGUCAGCACCUGGUUCGAACUUUUUUAAUAGAACAACAAGAAUGGAAUCAUUCGUUAUCAAUGGUGAUACUGUUAUUGAUUUAAAAGUAUCUCAAUUAAUUGUACUUAAUCUCAAUCUACCACCACAAACAUCAUCAUCAUUUUUCUCGUCGAAUUUAACUGCGAAUCUAGCUGCUAUACUCCGUGUUAGUUCUGAUAAAAUUCGUCGUGCUAAUAUCAUUUCAGUUAAUAAUAAUAGUCGUAUUCGUCGUCAACUGUCAACAGUAACAUUAAGUGUUGAAAUACGUAAUGAUCCAGUAGCAAAUAUUUCAACGAAUGUUUCAACCCAAACGAAUCCAAUUUCAAAUAUUUGUUCAGCUAUUAUUAAUCGUUAUCAAUCAGGCGAAUUACUACAAGCAUGGUCAAAUAAACCCGCUGCUGGUAAUAGAGCACCAAUAGAUUUAAACGUUCAAGAACCUCGCAACGCAUCAUCAACACUAUUGAGUAUAAUUUAUCGAAUAGAACUUGUUACAUCUCCAUCAUCAUGCCGUGAACAAAGUCCAUGUAGUAUACAACCAACAUUAGUUGCACAUGAUAUAGACGGAGACGUUAUAAAAAUAUUAGCAUCCAAUGAUCAACCGUGA